GCUUUUCGUGAGCUUUCCUGCAAGUUCCUCUCUGAAACUGAACAGUCACGAGAAUUCCGUUUGAUGUGUUCUGUGUCCUGCUGCUGGAUGCUGUGAGGAGAGCUCAGGCAAGCUCUGAAGUCCCAACAUGGGUAUAGUGACCUAUGAUGAUGUACAUGUGCACUUCACUCAGGAAGAGUGGGCUUUGCUGGAUCCUUCUCAGAAGAGUCUCUACAAAGAGGUGAUGCUGGAGACCUACAGGAGUCUCACUGCUAUAGGCUACAUUUGGGAAGACCAUAAUAUUGAAGAACGUUUUCAAAGUUCUAGAAGAUAUGGAAGGCACAAAAGAAGUCUUACUAAAGAGCAACCCUCUGAGUUUAUUCAAUGUGGUAAAACCUCUACAUUUCAGAGUCAUAACCAAAGACAAGAAAGAAUUCAUACUGGAGAGAAACCCUAUGAAGGUGUCCAACAUUGUGAAGCCUUUGCAUAUCGUAGUAGUCUCCACAUACAUAAAACAAAACUUGGUAGAGAGAAACCCUAUGAGUGUAACCAGUGUGGUAAAGGCUUUGCAUCUCACAGUUGUCUUCAAAGGCAUAAAAGAGUUCAUAAAGGAGAGAAAUCUCAUGAGUGUAGUCAAAGUGGUAAAGCCCUUGGAUGUCAAAGUGGUCUACAAUAUCAUAAAAGAACACAUACAGGAGAAAAACCUUAUGAAUGCAAUCAGUGUGGUGAAGCCUUUGUAUAUCACAGUGAUCUUCAAAAACAUGAAAGAACACAUACUGGACAGAAAUCCUUUAAAUGUAGCCAAUGUGGUAAAGCCUUUUCAGGAAAUCGUCAUCUCCUAAGACAUAAAAGAAUACAUACUGGUGAGAAACCCUAUGAGUGUAACCAAUGUGGUAAAGACUUUUCACAACACAGUUCUCUUCAAAGGCAUAAAAGAAUUCAUACAGGAGAGAAACCUUAUGAAUGUAAACAAUGUGGUAAAGGCUUUGCAUGUCAAAGUGGUCUCUAUAUACAUAAAAGAACUCAUACAGGAGAGAAACCCUAUGAAUGCAAUCAAUGUGAUAAAGCCUUUGCAUGUCAAAGUGGUCUCCUGUAUCAUAUAAGAACACAUACUGGAGAAAGACCAUAUGAAUGUAAUGAAUGCGGUAAAACCUUCAUACAUCACAGUCAUUUUCAAACACAUAAAAGAACACAUACUGGAGAGAAGCCCUUUGAAUGUGACCAGUGUGGUAAAGCCUUUGCACGGAACAAUCAUCUUCUAACACAUAGAAGAAUACACACUGGAGAGAAACUCUAUGAACGAAAGAAAGGUGGUAAACCCUUGGCAAGUCACAGCAGUCUACAAGUGCAUAAGAGAACACUUACUGGUGAGAAACCUUAUUAAUGUAAUCAAUAUGGCAAAGCCUUUUCAUGCCGAACUGUUCUCUUGUAUCAUAGAAGAACACAUACAGGAGACUAAUCCUAUGAAUGUAGACAAUGUGGUAAAGCCUUUCCACAUCACCGUAGUCUCCAAAUACAUUGAAGAACACAUACUGGAGAAGGACCCUGUGAAUGUGACCAAUGUGGUAACACCUUUGUGUGGAAUAGUCAACGCCUAAGACAUAAAAGGAUACAAACUGGUAAGAAACACAGUUGCCUCCCUCCAUCUGCCUCUGAAGACUUACUUCCCCCUCUGAGUGGGAUUUCAAGCAUCCUGCCUUGUGUCCUCCUUGUAAUUUAGCCUGUUUGGGUCUGUGGAUUGUACCAUUGUACAUUGUGGCUAAAAUCCUCUUAAACAGAGUUCAUACCAUGCAUACCUUUUAGAGUCUGGAUUAGUUUACCCGGGAUGAUAAUUUAUGGUUCCAUUCAUUUGCUGUCCUUGUUUUUAAUGACGGAGUAGUCUCCCCUUGUAUAAAUGAACCACAUUUUCUUUAUCCAUUCUGUUGAGGAACAUCCAGUCAGUUUUCCAGUUUCUGACUAUUACAAAUAAAGCUCCUAUAAACAGAACGGAACAGGUAUCUUGUGGUAUGCUGGAACAUAUGUUGGGUAUAUACCCACGAGUUGUAUGGUUGUGCCAUGAGUAGAAUUCCAAGUUUUCUGAGAAACCUGAUAACCAAAUUAAUUUCCAGAGCCAUUGCACAGGCUUGCACGCCCCCCAGCAAUGGAGGAGUGUUCCAUUUGCUCCACAUCCCUGCCUGCAUGUGCUGUCCCUAGAAUUUUUCAUCUAAACCAUUCUGAACGGCGUAAGGUGAAAUCUUAUCAUCAUUUUUAUUUGCAUUUUCCUGAGGACGAAGGAUGUUGAACAUUUAUAGCUUCUCAGCCAUUAGAGAAUCUUCUUUUGAGAAAAAUCUGCUUAGCUCUGUACUCCCUUUUUAAUUGGGUUGUUUGUUUUGUUGUUCUCUAACUUGGGUUCUCUGUGUAUUUCAGGUAUGAGUCCUCUUUUGCAUGUGUUUUCCCAUUCUGUGGGCUUCCACUUUGUCUUAUCGAUGGUGUCGUUCACCUUACUUUUCAGUUUCCUAAGGUCCCAUUUACUAAUUGUUCAUCCAAGUUCCUGAGAUACUGAUGUUGUGCUCAGGAAGUUGUUUCCUGUGCCAAUGAGUUGAACUUGGCAAGUGGGCACUGAGGCAUUAUUGAUGCCUGAGGUGAGAAAGAUUUAAACACAUCAAAAUCUAAAAUACUCAAUUGUUUAUUUUUAAUACACGUAGUCAUUGCAUGGCUUUUUGAGUUUUAUAUGUACCUGAACUUCACAGCGAUGUUAGAUUGGCUUGAAAGUAACUUAUAUUUGGUAAUACCUAACUUGUACACAUUGUAGGUAGAUGGGUCUAUUUGCCUAUAGUGCCUCCAAUCCAAUCAGGACAUGAUGUCUUUAUUACUGUUACCACCCAGAGUUUCCAGGAAAGUAUUGCAUUGUUAUGAAAAAAUAAAAAUUUGCAUGACAAUAGUGGUACAUUCUCUUUUGACACAUUUGGCAAUUAUUGAAAGUUGUGUUUUCAACUUUAAAUACAGUGUGUUGUUAAAACUUUGAAUCAGUUAUAAAACUCUUAGAUGAAGUAAAAUAGUUGUAAAAUUCUCCAGGUAUCUUUCAGAAUUGUUCAUAAUCAGGUAUUAGAGACUGUAUACCCAAGCUGUAUCAAAUGUCUCAGAAAUUUUAUUCUCAAUAUUUUUUUCUUUUCUCAAAUACAUUAGAGAACUGUU